CUCUGUCCUUUUUUUGGAGUUUAUAAAACAGAAUGAAAGCAUUUUUUUGUAGCUGCCAGUAACCUAAGAUGAAGUCUAUCUGGCCCCAUGACCUACAUUUCUUUAAAUUGGUUACAUUCUUAUAUUCCCCUUGCCUAGCCUCGGUUUUCUCCAAUGUCAUAAUAUUGGUCAGCUAGGUCUCUAAUUUCCUCUGGUUCAAAAUAGAAAUUAAAAGUUCUGCCUUCUUGCCAUCCAUCACACUUUCUGGAACUACACCGAUUAAAAUUCGUUCUGUUAGCAUAGUCUAUCUUGAAUUCUACAUAUCUUCUCUGUUUCUAUCAAUUGGCACAGUAUAUCUGAGCUGCAGAAAACCAGUAGUUUUCAUUCAAACAUGAAAAAGUUGCUUCUUUUCACAUUCUUUUUAUAUUCAUUCAUUCAUUUUUAUACAUUCUACAUUUGGUCAAUCAGUUAUGGCCUUGAAACUUGCAAAUAUCUUAAUAGGCAGAUUCUGUUCUUGAUUAAUUUAAUAGUAUAAUCAGAUAGAAAGCCUUUUCUCUGCUAUUCCUCUUGGUCUGUGGGAUUCUUAUCAUUGGGAUAAUUUCGACUGAAGAGAGCAGAGCUCCACUUGAAAUCUCAUAGCCUGGCUCUUGUUUUCAAAUAUGGAAAGUUGGAUUUAAUGUCAAAAAUAAAAAUUAAAGCAAAAGCCUCUCUUUAAACUAUCCCCAAAUCUCUCCAACAGGAUGAUUUCAUGCAUUGUUUCUUUCUCUCCACUCAGUACCACUUUCCAACAUUCUCUUGUACUGCUUCUGGAUGCCAUUGGCAUUUCCUUUUGAUCCUGUCCAUGUGCACAUCGAAUAAUUGGAGCUGGAACGGGGGCGUGGCAAUGCCUGGAAGCAGUAAGUUUGUGGGAAACUGGUGAAGUUUGGCUUGGGCCAUCAUAACUUGAGCAACGGUACUAUAAGUUGGCAGUGCAAAAUAGAUUGAGUUGGAGUGGGCAAUAUUUACCUUGCUUGUUUUUUUUGCUUAACCCUCCCCCUUGUGUAUAUUGACAGCACACUAUGAUACAAUUAAUUAAAGAAGCUGGCUACCAUAAUGGAAUGACUCCAAGAGAUGACUCUCCUGUGACAGAAGUCCUGAAUCAAGUUUGCCCUUCUACAUGGCGGGGAGCCUGUAAAACGGCGGUACAGUUGUUGUUUGGACAAGCUGGGCUGGUGGUUGUAGACACAGCACAGAAUGAAAACAAAGAAGCUUAUGCACCACAAAUCAGCUUGGAAGGCUCCAGAAUUGUGGUCCAAGUCCCAUCAACUUGGUGCCUGAAAGAAGAUCCUGCAACAAUGUCUCUCCUGCAGAGAAGUCUGGAUCCAGAGAAAAUGUUAGGACUGGUAGAUGUACUUUAUACUGCUGUGUUUGACCUAAAUCGCUGGAAAGAAGGAAGGGAACAGGCGUUGCCCUACAUCCAGAUCCAACUGCAACGUGAGAGCUCUGACUUUGGAAGUCACACCGACUUACCGUCUGGAAAUGGCAGUAAAGCAGCAGGGGGUUUGCAGAAGACUUUCUCAAAGUUGACAUCACGAUUUACCAAAAAAACGUCUUGUACAAGUUCGAACAACAGUGGGAAUUACUCCAUUCCUAAUAUACCUUCUAAAACCCAUUUUAUAGCUAACAACUCAGAGGACAAAGCAAAACUACCAAGUAAUGCGGAUGCACGACUGCAAAGUAUUUUGAACCUUGGCCACUUUCCGAGGGUUCUUGAGCCUGCCCAGCUGAUGCAGAGCUCAAACCAUCACGGGGUCAACGGCCUCCUUGAAAGGCCGGAGGGAGGCAUUGUGGAAGAUGGUAAGGAUGCCAAGGGCAUGAACUUACCAACUGACCAGGAAAUGCAGGAGGUCAUUGAUUUCCUUUCGGGUUUCAACACGGGCAAGUCCCAACAGACUUCUCCCCUGGUGAGAAGGAGAACCUCGGUUGCCUCGUCUUCUUCUUCUUCUGCUGCAGCAGAACAGAAAGCAGCUGCUGUGCAGCUGCCGUCACUACAGGCGUCAUCUCACACCCCACUGCACCAUCUUCAGCCCGGGAUGCCCCAGCAGCCCCAUCCCCAGAAACCCCAGCAGCAGCAGCAGCAGCAGCAGCAGCCGCACUAUCAGCCCUUGCGCCAGCCCAUUGGAUCGCAGCAGCGCCUGCCCAGUAAGUGGCCAGGGGGUGCCAGCCAGCCCCCCGGCCAGGCUGUUGGGCCAGGACUGUCCUCGUUGCCUCAGUGGAGCAGCCACGCCUUUUCCGACCUGAGCUCCGACCUCUACAGCCUGGGCCUUGUGAACAGCUACAUGGAUAACGUGAUGUCAGAAAUGCUGGGGCAGAAACCUCAAGGGCCGAGGAACAACACAUGGCCAAACCGUGACCAAAGUGAUGGGAUCUUUGGGGUGCUGGGAGAAUUUCUACCUUUUGACCCUGCAGUUGGCUCAGAUCCAGAGUUUGCCCGCUAUGUGGCUGGAGUCAGCCAGGCCAUGCAACAGAAAAGGCAGGCCCAACACUUUCGUCGCCCCAGCAAUGCACGUAGCAACUGGUCUCAUCCUGAUGACCUCCACAGGACCUGGCCCUUCCCAGAGUAUUUCACAGAUGGGAAACACAGCAGUGGGGAACAAGACACAAGCACACUUCCUUCACCACCACUCCUUUCCACCGUGGAUGAUCAUAGCCAGGACAAUAAAACGAAAACUUGGCCCCCGAAGGCUCCUUGGCAGCACACGCAGUCGGGCCCAAAUAUGUCUUUAUAUCAGCUAAGCAGCCCUGCCAGCCACUGGAACGACACCAUGCAGAUGCUGCCGUCUCCCGUUUGGUCAGCCGCCAAUGACUGCCCUCCGCCCACAGGGAUGGUCUCCCCGUUUGCCUACACCCAGCAGCCUCCGCAGUCACCACCAUUGCCCCUGGCUCAGCACAAGCAGGGGCACAAGGGCUUUAAACCUUUUCCGGGCAAGCACGAGCGUCGGCCAUCCUAUCUGCCACAGUACUGAUGCCCCGUUUCCUCCUGGCCGGAGAAGCAGCAGCCGAGGACCAAAGUCUUUGGUAUGAUCCGGGCUGGCUUGGUUUCGGCCUGCUGGGGGUGGGGUGGGGGGAGUCGACAGCUUUGGUAGUGAAGUUUCUCGUUCCUGGCAGCCCUUGGCACACGGUGUCUACACAACAGCCUAAACUGUGACCCUUUCAAAGCCUAUGGAUGCCCCGGUAACAAAUGGUGACACGCUUACCACAGAAAACACUGUAUUUUAUAGCUAUUUUUUCAUAUAGAUUUAUAGUUACCAUUUCUUGCUAAAACAGAUUUGAGUAUUUUUAAGCCAAUCUAGCAGUUUUGCUCAAUGCUCAUUUUCUUCAGAUUUCUAAUUGACAAAAUUAUAAAGUCUUCGCUCUGAAUUUCACAGGCUGUGAUAGCUUUUUUAAUGCAGUAGUUGCUAAUAUGCUGCAAACUUUGAAACAGGAGUGGGGCAAACAACGACUGAAAACCUAAUUCUUUCCAGUUAUUUAGUUUGUGCAAAACAGCUGGAACCGCUCAAAAUCUGUGAAAAGUGAUCUGGCCAAGCAGUGAGCACCGUCCACCUCCAUGAAGCCCUUUGGGUGGGUUUAUGACACUACAUCUGAUACUCUUACAUUUGGCCAAAGGCAUUAUCCAUACAGUGCUCCUUAAAUAUAUGAAAGAAUAGUUAAGACUGCUUGCAAAUAUAAGUCUUAUUUCAAUGCUAGACUUAGUGUGUAAAAACAUGAGCUGGCUCAGAAGAGAGAGAACUUAAAACACUAUUUUUUGUAGUGCUAAGAAUUAAAAUAAAGUACUUACAGUCAAUAUGUGCCAUUAAAUAAAUGAACCUGUGGGAUUAGAGAUAUCUUCCAACCAAAGUGGAUCUGGGGAAUGACUGGUGCUUCAAAUGGGAAAAAGGUAAAUAUGUAUAGUGAUCCCAUUGUAUAUUAAUUGAAGUGAGAGAAGUCUUUAUAAAACCUAUUUAAAUUUUCAUAUUUCAUCUUUGAAAGAGUAAUUAUAAACCACAAUAUUUUCUGGUAUAAAGGUUUUUGACAGUAUUAAUAUUAUUUUUAUAUUUUCUUAAUUCAUAUCAUUCUAAUACAUUGACAAGUAAAAUGGGUUAUUAGUUAUAAAUACACAUAGUUUUUGAUGAAGAUAAAAGCACAUUUAAGUUCCCAUUUUCUACAAACUUACAUGUGUAUAUUAAAGAUACCAAAUUUAUACAUAUAUAUAUAUGUGUAUAUAUGCAUAUAUAUGUAUAUAUAUAUGCAUAUAUAUAUAC